UUAAAAUCUUCCCCAAGCAACAAAAAAGCUGUAAUUUUUGGGUUUCCCCCUCCAAAGCUGGCUUCUCGUUUCAGAGUCACAUGCUCUCUCUUUCCCUCUCUAAAAUUUUCUUGUUUAACGGGACAAAGAGAGACUGAUUGUGUGAUGGUGGGGCUUUAAAACCUAGAAUAGAAACCCACAUUAUCUGCAAAAAAAAGCUUCUCUUUGACACAUUAAUUGGCCAAAUUAGUAGCAUCUUGCUUGCUUGCUUUUGCUUGUGUUGAAUUUGUAUCUGGGGAGGAGACAGUUCCUGACACUCUGCAGCAGAUUUCUAAGCAAAGGUCAUAAUAAAGCCCUCCCUUCCCCCCCGGCCCGGCGGUGCUUUGCUUUUCUGUUCUUUCUCUUCCUUCAUAGUUAUUGACCAUCUCUUCAAAAUCUUCAACUCUCUCUCUCUCUCUCUCUUUCUUGCCUCUGGCAUUUAAUUUCUUAAUUCAACCGAAAUUCGUCCCUGUCUGAUCUCCCAAGUUCUGCUCCGGUCUCCAGCAGUCAAAGGUAAUUGAAUCUGUGCCAUUCUCUUCUUCUCCCUCCCCCAUCUUUCCAACUGGGUCGGAUUUCUCUACUUGCAAUGAAAUGUGGGCAACUCUCAAUUUGAUUCAUUUGGGUUCCUGGAAUUCGUGCUUAAGCGAACCGUUGUGCGGCCGUCUGGGUUCUCUUCCGGAACUGAAAUGGAUUGGGUUCCUGCUGUUUCUCCCGUCUUCUCAUUUUCUGGGUUUUCCUUUAUUUUCUACGGUUUCUCCGUGCAAGGGUAAUAGCUACUGUUCCAUUGUCAGAGGCUUGUUUGGUUAUUACAGUCUUAUGAGUUAGGUUUUCAUCAGGUGAGUAGUUAUUUCGAUUUUUCCAGUCCCCAAUCGAUUUUUUUGAUGAAAUGGGUUCUUUUACUGUUUGGUGGUAUAGGAAAAACGACUGUUUGUUACUUCCUUUGAUAAAUCUAUUGGAUGAGAUAGUGGGUUGUCAGCUCCUCGGGUUUUAGAGAUGGAGAAGAGAAAAUGGUUGUGGAAGAAGAAACCCUCAGAAAGGGGUGGUGGAGAGACUGAGAGUUCAGGUUCAAUAUCAUCUCAUUCAGAGAGGUUUUCAGAUGACCAGGACGCACUGAAGGCAUCUCCUAAGGAUGACAGUCAAUCUCCUGAAGUCACCUCCAAAAUUGCAACUGGAGGUGAUGAAGAAGUGAAUGACAGUAUCAAAUGUUUGACGGAGAAGUUAUCAGCAGCACUGGUAAACGUGAGUCAGAAAGACGACUUGGUCAAACAACACUCGAAAGUUGCUGAAGAAGCUGUCGCUGGCUGGGAAAAGGCCGAGAACGAAUUAGUGGCUGUCAAGAAACAGCUUGAUGCAGCAACACAAACAAAAUCUCAGCUUGAAGAUCGAGUAAGCCAUCUUGACGGGGCGCUCAAGGAGUGCGUUAGGCAGCUAAGACAAGCACGUGAUGAACAGGAAGAGAAAAUACGCGAGGCAGUGGUAAGCAGAACUAAAGAAUGGGAAACAGAUAAAUCCGAGCUAGAGAAUCAGCUUUUUCAGUUGAAAACUGAAUUAAAGGCUGCUGCUGCUGCAAAGUCUGAGUCUCCAGCUCGAGUCGAUCCUGAUCUCUUUCGAAGACUUGAAUAUUUGGAGCAAGAGAAUGAAACACUGAGGCUUGAGCUUCUGUCUCAAUCUGAAGAACUAGAAGUUAGAACAAUUGAAAGGGAGUUGAGUACUCAAGCUGCUGAAAUGGCCAGCAAGCAACAUUUGGAGAGCAUAAAGAAGGUCGCCAAGCUUGAGGCUGAAUGCCGAAGACUGAAAGCCUUAGCUUCGAGAUCAUCCUCCUCACUUAAUGAUCAUCACAAAACAUCAGCUGCUUCCUCGGUGUAUCUCGAGUCUCUCACGGAUAGCCAUUCUGAUAGUGGGGAUAGGCUCAAUGGAUUGAUCUCUGAACUGGAUGAGUUCAAGAAUAAUAGGACUGCUGGUAACAGAAAUGUACCGGUGGCAGCACCAGCUGUUGAAAUCGAUCUCAUGGAUGAUUUCCUUGAGAUGGAAAGGCUAGCUGCAUUGCCUGAGAAUGAAAUGGAAAGUAGUAAUCACGUUGAAUCAGUUGUGAAACAGUCGACUGAUCAUGAAGAAAACUUGCUGAGAGAUGAGCUAGAGAUUGCCAUUCGCCAGGCAGCUGAAUUUGAAGGCAAGCUGAAUGAGCUGCAAGAAGUGAAAGAUGAACUGGAGCGAAGUUUGGAGAACACAAGAGCAGACAAAGCUGAAGUGGAAGAAACUCUGGAGAGAAUGAUCCAAGAGAAAGCUGCUUUUGAAGAAAGUCUGGAGAGGACGAUUCAAGAGAAAUUCCAAGCUGAAAGUAACUUGGCAGAAAUGGAGUCGGAAAAAGCAGAAACGGAAACUGCUUUAACAACGAGUCGAUGUGAGAAUAAAGCAUUGCAGAGCCGGUUGAUGGAAGUCCAACUCAAGUUGGAGGAAGUCCAAAGCCAGCUAUCAUUGGCAAAAGAAUCGAAGCAAGAGAUCGAAUCUCAACUUGUGAAUUUGGAAGCAGAAUCCCGUACCUUGUCAGCACAGGUUUCCACCUUGGAAGCCGAGCUUGAGAAGGAAAGGGCUACGUCGGCAGAGUUCAGUAUCAAGUAUCAGUACCUGGAAGAAGAGAUUUCCAGGAAGAAAGAGGAGUUGGAGAUCCAGCAGCACUCAAUGAACAUGAACAGCGCACCAAAGAUAAAACAGGAGGACCUAGCUUUAGCAGCUGGGAAGCUUGCAGAUUGCCAGAAGACGAUACUGUCCCUAGGGAAGCAACUCAAAUCUCUAGCAACACUCGAGGACUUCCUGAUCGAUGCCAGCAGCAUACCCGAAAUCACAGCGGUAGGAGCUUCAUCAUUGGCUGCUGCUCCUAGAGGUAGUAGUAGUGAAGGUGGUGGAGUGCUAUGGAACUUGCAUUCGAACGAGACAUACUCUCCUAGAAUAGAUUUGAGUCCUGCAAGAGCUAUUGCUGUGGAGAUCAGUAAACACGAGCGCAACUCGCCACCAUCUUGUUCAUCUUCAUCGACUUCCUCUGCAGUCGUAGCCUCCAUGCACAGUAGCUCUGAUAAGAACCGAAAUGGGUUCGCCAAGUUUUUCUCGAGGAGCAAGAAUGGAAUUCAGCUUGAACUGUAGUGUGCAGGGGAAAUAAAUCAGGAAAGAUGGGGAAAAAAAACAGAGAGGUGUCCUGAGAUUUGAUUAUAUGUUUGGUUUGUAGAGAGUAGAGCUUGUAUACCCGGCCUUGCCUCAAUGGUUUGUUUUUUUUUGGUUAAAGAAGAAUUCCCCCAUUCUUGUGUUGUUGGCCUUUUGCCAUAUUCAUGUACCUCAGUUUUUAUUUAUAGACUAGUAGUUGUUCCUGAC